CUGGCUGCUCAGACAUGAGUGUGCCUGCCCAGUAGAGAGAGCUGUAGGUAGCUAUUUCCUUUCAUAUCACAGGGGCGGCUAAAGGAAAACCCAUUCGUCUGAGCACGGUCGUGCCAGUUUGCGCGAACCGAAUCCACACACCUGGCCUGGGCAUGGACGAACAGGCAGGGCCCGGCGUAUUCUUUAACAACAACAACAACUCGGGUUUGCCUGGCGCUGGCAAAGGACCGCAUCAGCCUGGCGACGGCGACGGAGAGGCGGCCAGGGCUCAUUACAACAUUCCGGGGAUAUUGCACUUUCUGCAACACGAAUGGGCCCGCUUCGAGGUGGAUAGAGCGCAAUGGGAGGUGGAGCGAGCCGAAUUGCAGGCCCAGAUAGCCUUCCUGCAGGGCGAGAGAAAGGGCCAGGAGAACCUGAAGAAGGACCUGGUCAGGAGGAUCAAGAUGCUGGAGUACGCCCUCAAACAGGAGAGGUCAAAAUACCACAAGCUCAAAUAUGGAACAGAAUUGAACCAAGGAGACAUGAAACCUCCCAGCUACGAUGAUUCUGGUAAAUCUAAACAUGAAGGGAAUGAAAACGAGGUCCCGAGCCCCCCCAACAGUAGUCAGCUGGGUUGGAAACAGGGACGGCAGCUACUCAGACAGUACCUUCAGGAGGUGGGCUACACGGACACCAUCUUGGAUGUGAAGUCCCAGAGGGUCAGAGCGCUGCUGGGCCUGGCUGGAGACUCCGGAGAAAGGCCGUCGGACAGGAAACCGGAACCCAUGGUGAACGGCACUGAGCCAUCUUUGCUGAAGGACAGCGGCAUGAUCAGUAAACCUGACAUGUCUGACUCGGCCACUGUCCUUGAGGCCUUCAAGUUCAUAGAAAGCGCCGCCGCCGAGUUUAGCGACGAGGAGGACGACGAAGACAGCGAAGGGAGGGACAAGACUAUUAUGAACUUGGCCACUAUGGUGAGGAAGAAGACGUCUUCGUCCCCCUCCUCAUCCUCGGACAUGAGUGACGACCAGGACACGGAGGAGGCCCUGAAGGGCUUUGACUUCCUGGCCAGCCCAGAUGAGAUGGACGGCUCGCCCGAUGUCCGGAGUGCCGAAGACAGAGGAGACUGGGAGAAGGAAGAGCAGUGCCCCAUGUCCGAGGCCUGGGACGUGGACCAGGGCCUCAUAGCCCAACUCAAGGAGCAGUACAGGAAGGAGCGCAAGGGCAAAAAGGGGGUGAAGAGGCCUAACCGGUCCAAACUGCAGGAUAUGCUGGCCAACCUGCGAGAUGCCGAGGACCUCCCCUCCAUGCAGCCCCCCGUGACACCGCCCUCCCGGCCCAGCGUCCCCAGGCUCAACGAGCACGAAGUAGGCCACCCCGAGGAAGUGGAGGCCAUGACGUUUCCGCCCACGUCAGGGAAGUCGUUCAUCAUGGGGCCGGACGAGGCGGCGGAGAGCGAGCUGGGCCUGGGCGAGCUGGCGGGACUCACUGUGGCCAAUGAGGCAGACAGCCUGGCCUACGACGUGAGCAACAGUCAGGAUGCGCUGCGGAAGACAUGGAGCCCCAAGUUCACGCUGCGGAGCCACUUUGACUCCAUCCGGGGCCUGGCCUUCCACCCCGUGGAGCCCGUCCUGGUCACUGCCUCCGAGGACCACACCCUCAAACUGUGGAACCUCCAGAAGACCGCCCCCGCCAAGAAGUGUGCUGCCCUAGAUGUGGAGCCCAUCUAUACAUUCAGGGCCCACCGGGGUGCGGUGUUGUGUGUGACCAUGAGCUCUACAGGGGAGCAGUGCUUCAGUGGGGGGGUGGAUGGAACCAUUCAGAGUUGGAACACCCCCAACCCCAAUAUCGACCCCUAUGACUCAUAUGAGCCCUCAGUGCUGCGGGGGGCGCUGCUUGGUCACACUGACUCAGUGUGGGGAGUGGUCUACAGCUCGGCCCACCAGCGCCUGCUCUCCUGCUCCGGGGACGGCACUGUGCGCCUGUGGAACGCUGCCAACACCUCCCCCGCACUCGCCGUCUUCAACGAGAAAGGAGAGCUGGGCGUCCCCACGUCAGUGGACCUGGUGUGCAGUGAGCCGGCCCACAUGGUGACGUCGUUCAGCACGGGGGAGAUCGGACUCUUCAACAUGGAGACGCGGCAACUGAUCCUCAAGCUGGACCAGACCGGAGAGCCCGAAGCCCCGUGCAAGAUCAACAAGGUGCUGAGUCACCCCACUCUGCCCAUCACCAUCACGGCCCAGGAGGACAGACACAUCCAGUUCUUCGACAACAACACGGGGAAAUGUAUUCACUCCAUGGUAGCCCACCUGGACGCAGUCACUAGUUUAGCUGUGGAUCCCAACGGCUUGUACCUGAUGUCUGGCAGCCACGACUGCUCCAUCCGCCUGUGGAACAUGGAGAGCAAGACGUGCAUCCAGGAAUUCACAGCGCACCGCAAGAAGUCGGACGAGGCCAUCCACGACGUGGCGUUCCACCCCACCAAGUGCUACAUCGGCAGCGCCGGGGCCGACGCGCUCGCCAAGGUCUUCGUAUGACCGCAAAUCCCAAUGGCUAACAGCUGCGUCCGGCUCGAAGGACCAUCAAAAAGGGGACGAGUUGUGUUGUAACUAAAGGGAGAGAUGGGAGUUGGAGCCCAACUCAAAGGCAGUGUGGAAGGAAAUGUAGUGAGGUGGAUGGGUAACUAGCCACUGGUGUCUGAGUCUUGACCAGUGGCAGUCGAGAGGGAUGGUUAGACAUCUGAUGGUUUGAAGGCUGAAAGGGGUGAACGUGAGAGAGUUUUAAGAGAAAGAGGGCUGCUCUACCAUCUUUCCACCCGGGCGGGCCUGGGUGCUACAGCCAAACCAGAAGGAGAUGUGGUCAAACAUCACAAAGACCAAGAGGAUAUCCAGGAAAUUCUCAAGACCUGUACUCUCGUUUAGAAACAUUGCGUUUGUUUCCUAACUAACAGAAACACAAUACUCGUAUUCUGGCCCCCCCCCCCUCCCCGGCCAUCCCUAAGACUGCCUGUGUCUUCAAUGUCAUCGUUUUCAAAGAUUUCAUGAAAAUGUGCCUUUUUCGUCAGUCUUGCAGACAACGUUAUUUUACAGUUUGUGUGCAAAGUAGAAGUGGGCAGGGUGUUCAACAACAAGUUAUAAUUUAUUGUCCAACAUAGUACUGGACAUUGUCUAUUCCAUUUGAUCCAUAAAACUGAGUUUGAAAAUAAUUAUAUUUGCAUCAGAUGUACACAGCAUAUAUACGGCUAGUGGUCAAUAGUCACAGUACUGUUUAAAUUGUUGAACGAGUGAGUUGAGAUCCACAAUGCCCUCCAAUCCACUGAAAUAUACAGUAGCGUGCAGAACUCGAGUGCCCCUGAAUAAGAAAAAUGGUAAAUAAGUUUAAAGAAACCUGAAAGUCAGUUUGAAGUUGAAGUAAAGGCCAUGAGUCUGCAUUUCCUUGAUGUGUGAUUUAUUAUAGCCUUUUGUAUAUGUCAAUGUGGUUUUGUAUGUGAUCACAAAGAAUUGGACAUGACUCCAUUAAUUCAUCUCUAAAACAAGUAAAAAUGUAGCUUUUUAAGUGGUGCCUAUUGUCCAUACUCUUGCUUUGUACCCUCUUGAAAAGCCAACCCCAUGAAAAUAAUUGAAUUGUGUGAUAAAACUUUUCUAACUAAAUUCUACAUAUUAGCCCAUAUGAAUCUGUCACCUAAGUGAGCAAGCCAUCCUUGUAUUCCAGCUUGCUUUGCUUCGGUGUUGAAUCAGUGUUCAAAUCCAAAUUGCCUGUACACAGCCAAAACACUGACUUACCCAGGCCACAUUCUUUCUUCAACUUCAUUUAGUUUCCAAUUAAAUUGUAAAUGCUUUUAUGCUCCAGCUUCAGCUCGCCUAGGUACAAGGAGUGCCUCUUGUUGUUUGGAUGUUCCAUUCUUCACAUAAAUAGGACAACAACAUUGUAAUAUACUGUACCAACAUAAGUAGAAGCGUUAACUCUUAACAAGAUCUGUCCUGUGACACUUUGCUAGCGGUAGAUUAAUUACUCAAACUUUGUUUCACAAUUUAACGGAAUUGAUUGAUCAAUGUUGUGGUUUGACCUAAUUUGAAUACAUGCUGCUUUAUCGUGUAUUUAUAGUUGAGCAAUCAGACAAACUGCACUGAAAAAUGGUUUGCAGUGAAUCAAUUUAUUCAUUUGAUUUGUUUUUUUAUUUGAGCUGUGUAUUUAUUUAUGCCUCCGUGUCAUUUAAGCCAAAAGAAUCAACCAAGUAUUGUCUUACAACGACAAGAUGCUUCACAGAGAGCCUGCACAUGUAAAGUUUCCUGCGACCGUUAAGUUGGCUCUUUCAGCUUAUAAUGCUAAGUUAGCUAUUUUGCUAAUGCUAAGUUAGCUAUGGCUGCUAAGAUAGUUUCUUCAUAGAUAUCCUGCUUGCCCCUGUGCUGAGUUAGCCCCUUGGCUCCCAUUUUUGACAGCAGAACUGACGUCUCUCAGUACUCAACUGCACACAAGCUACGCUCCUGUGUUUAGGCGAUAUGACCAGCUCUGGUCAGAAAGCAGGGUAAAUGCUUUAGGUAAUAACUGUUUGAAAAUAGAAUUUUGUCAAAUUAUUUUGAGCAAUUACUAGUUUUUUAUUUACUAUACAUGGUUGGUGAAAAAGGUAAAUCCUUGUUAAAUACAGGUAAAUAUUUUUUUAAAGAAUAUUUUCUGUUUUACUUGAACAUUUAGGAGUUAUUCCUUGGGAUUUGUGUACUUUGUUUCUUUUGUAGUGGAAUGGUUGGAGAUUUGCCGGUCUUAUCACAAGUUGUAUGCCUUUGGUUGUGAGCACUACAGAACAAGACAGGUUUUUGUCAUUUAUUCUCAAAGUUGUCUCAUCUGCAGUUGAACAUGUCAGAGAUUAGGAUUUCGCUAUCUACCAAAUGCUUUGGUCUCUAAAAUAAGGACUGUUGAAUGACGAGGAUGGAUCAAAAUCUGUGGGGAAUUCGGUGUGCUUGCGUUGUACAAAGAUAUUUUUUCCUUUUAAUUUUUCUUUGGUGUCAGGUAAUUUUAGACAAUGUAAGGGAGCGAACAAAAAACGUGUACAGUUUUAAAGUAUAUAAAAAAAAGAAAAUAGAUAUUUAUUAACACAGUAUAUAGAGUGGCUAAACAUGGUGAUGUGAAAUGGAGUCCGUAUGUAUGGUGCGCUUGUCGUGGUAAACGUACAGUAGUCUCAUCACAACACUGAGUAGUUGAACAAAAGAGGAGUAGGUAUAUGGCCCCCUGCUGCUCACAAUGUGGAAGAACCAUAUUUCACCAGGUUGGCUCACAUUUCAUGUCUUUUAAUGGGCUGUAUGUCCAUUUGAAUGACAGAAUAGUGAGGGCCGACCAUAAACUAGUGUUUUUUUUGUUGUGUGUUUUUGGUCGUGGAGAACCACUUUAAAUACUAGUUUUCUCCAAACCAGUUUGAUUGAGCUGUCGUUUUUGAGACCUGUUAGUUCGCUGUGUGUCCAUCAAGACUGCAUACGAUCCUCAAUUGGAAUAAUAAUAACCAAGCAAACAGUGGUCCUCCAGAACCAGGAGUCGGACAAGAACUAGACUUUGAACAAAUAAUUAUCGUGUUGUUAUAGGCAGUGUAAAAGCAGAAUGCUCUAGUCUAAGUGACUCAUAGUGACUCAUAGAUAUGCGUCUAAAAUUCACUUGUCCGUUCUGAGCAGCAGGGGGUGUUGCUUACAAGCACUACAAAGUGUAUGAAAAGAGAUCACACAAAACAAAGAACAUAUUAAUAACCAAUGGGAAAACAAACACAAAGCAUUGGGCGAAGCCAAGUUUGCCUGUUGUACAUCAAAAGUAAUUCCCCUUUUAACCUCCAGUUGUAUAGAGAAUUCUUUUAAGAUGUGAAUUUGAUAAAUAUGCUAAUUGGACUGUACAUACAGUACAUAUAAUUAUUGUCAUUUAUAGUUUAUUCUUUUUUCAUGAUGUAUUGUAUUUUUUCUCAGAUGGGAGAUUGACAGAUUUAUCAAUAACAACAAUAAAGGAAUAUGUUGUAUAUCA